CCAAAAAGAAAAAAAAAUAUCAUUUUGUAAGAGAUGAAAAACAAAUUAAUAAUAUAGCAUACAUUUUAAGGUGGAAACAUAUAUAUUACAUACAUAAUCAAUCUUCCGUAUCACUAGUCAGUAAACAAACUUGUUCACUUUUAUUUUUUGGUCUUUGUUUAUUUUUGGGUCUAAAACGAUAUGAUUUUGUUUACAUAGCAGCAUGGCUGCCCAUUGUGUUUACACCGUGGGUGUUUACGGAUGUAAUUUUAAUAUUUAUUUUUCUAUUCACUUUGUAUUUUAAAGUGAAAACAUUUUAUAAACUUUAGCUUGGCAACAAUGUUGACAUUUAUUUUCUAUCAGCUGCAUGGUUAUUUCUAUAAUAGGAAAAGUUGUUUCUGGAAAAUUUUUAUUAAGUUUUGAAAAAGGCUUAAUAACCUGUGAAUGGCAAUUGUGUUGUCGCUUAUGUGCAAAUCGAAAAUCGGACUAAUGUCUACCAUAAAGCUCUCCACGCUGCCAAUUCAGAAAUGACUUUGGUCCAAGUCAUUGAGAAAUACUUUUCGGUGAAAAUAUCUCCGGAAGAUGAUUUCUCGAAAGUCUUAUGUUACCAAUGUCUAAACCUAAUUAAUAAGUUUGUCGACUUCAGCGAACUUGUUACUAAAGUACAGGAUAUAUUCAAUCAUUUGAUAUAUAACACUCAGCGACUCGCAAGCAAAGCUCAACACGUAGCAGAACAUCUACAACUAUAGUAAAUAUGAGCUUCAAGGGUAAGAAGAGGAAAAUAUUGAAGGUAUUACAAAGCAAGAGGGAGAAGGGUAGGUUUAUGAACCUAAUGCGGGCCAAAAAGAUGGCGCGUGCCUUUAAUCGAACCAUAGGAUAGAAGACAGAAAUUUGAUUACCUUCGUAGUCCAAAGGAAUGCACCUAAAAUGCUAAAGAAUUUGAGUCUUUUUGAUUCUUAUCACGAACAUCUGAGGCUAAUACAUGGAAAGAGAAAGUCAAGAGACCCUCAUUUCGACAAAAAAAGACCGGAUAAUAAAAUAUGGUGGAUCAUGCGAUUUGCGCAGGGAAGCAGGGCACAUUAGCUUAAAUAAAUAUGUCGUGCAAUGAUUAUGAACAGCAUUUCGAAACAUUUUAUGCUUAUAAAGAGCAUAUGAAAUCUAUAAAUGUCAAAGGCAAAGUCGAAAAAUGGAAAUGUGCUAAAUGUAAUAAAAUUGUGGCGACAAGUUUUAAUUUGGAAAGACAUCUUCUAAGACACGUAUGUAACUAUAGGAGAAAAGUGCAAUUACCGGACGUUGAAGUAAACAUUAGUUGUAGAACGUGUGAUGAGCAGUUCAAGUCAUUUCAUAGCGGGGUACAUAGUGAGAUUCAUGAUUCACAUAAGCAUAUUUGGAACGUUUCCCGUCAAGAGUUAAAUACUCGCACCACCUUGAAAGGGCAUAGUGGUAAGUAACAGCACAAAUGUGAAUUAUGACCGGGGUUUUAUAAUUCAUCAUCCUUAAAAAUACACUUACUACCCCACACCGGUCUUAAAGCCUGAAAUUUUUGCGACCGAACUUUCACGAAUGUAGCCAAUUGCCGUCUGCACAAAAAGAAAAUGCAUCCCGAAGAAUUGGCCGCUUUAGAAGCCAAUUGUGGUGAUAGACGUCAAGAAUUGCCAACUAUGGAAAUCCUACACGCUCUGCGGUCACUCAAACAUUAUAUCAUUGCCUUGGAUUGUUUAUAAAAAAAUGCUAAUUCUCAAUCGAAAAACGUGAUAACAGCAUAAUAGGAGAAUGCCAUCGCAUGCAAUAUAUAUCUUUUUUCUCUUUAUGAUCUACAAGUUUUGCGCACUAUUUUUGUGGGUAUAGAAAGUUCGGCUUAGGUCUAGGACAACACUGCAUAUGCCACUUUCAUAUCAUGUUAAUAUUACAGUAUUAAAACAGCUAAUAUUUUACAACCGGUGGCAAAAGAAAAGGGAAUGAAUAUGUGCGAUGCAUCUGGCAAUGCUGAAGAGAGAGUUAAUUGAUAUACAAUGAACAAUGUACAGAAAUUAUUGCUGAACAUUAAUUAACAUCUAUGUAAGAUAGUUUUUAUGUUGGUUUUACAAUUGUCAAUAAAUUGAAAACAAUUCUAAAAAAUUGCAAACAAUGUCUAUACAAGAAUUGAGCUCUGAUAUGCAGAUAUGUCCAGCAAAUGAUUGGUUCAUGUGGUGUCGGUUAUGUGCGGAAAGUGAUACUGGAAAUAUCAAAGUUAAUAUAUUUGAAGAGCCAAACAAUACUGAAGUUGGUUUGGUUAGUGCCAUUAACAAAUAUUUUGGAGUAAAAAUAUCCCAGGAAGAUUCAUUACCUAAAGUAUUAUGCACUCAUUGCUUUAAUGUAGUCACUGCCGUGGUUAAUCUGCAUGAACGUGUUGUUAAAGUGCAACAGAUGUUUAAUGCUUUAAUCUAUGAUUCUACGCAAGAGCUCGACGAUUUGCAAUCAACUGCAGUUUUCAUAAAUAAUGCUUUUCAAAAAGAAGAGGUACAAUAUUUUCUGGAAGUGAAAAGCGAGUUAACUGAAGAAGAUACGAUAAGCAGUGAAGUUUCAGAAGCAACUAUUGGGCAUAACCAGAAAUUUAGUGCUAUGGCAAAUGGAAACGAAGAGGAACUUGUUAUGGAAGUAGAGUCACCGAAAUUGCUACAAGGCUUUGAUGCUGACUAUGAACCGGAAGCUACCAGUAGCAAUUUGUACGACGUUAGUAAGGAAAAUAAUAAAAACAGAAUGAAAAAAGAAAAGAAAAAAAUUAAAUAUGAUACGUACAACGACUUCCAGUUGGAUGUCAAAUGCCAAGAUUGUUCCAAACAACUCAAAUCCUUCUUUUCAUAUCGACAACACAUGACAUCCAUACAUGGCAAAGGAUACAGCGAGAAGUGGAAAUGCCCAGUUUGUAACAAACUUCUAGUAACAAGUUUCAGUCUUAAACGCCACCUUAUAAGUCACAACAAUGAAAAGAAUACCUACAACUAACGAUAACAACGAAGGCGUGAAUAAAAAGCUGCCAAAUCGGAAGUGACGAUUUUGUGUAGAGCAGUAUUGAGAAACUGUUACACAUACGAGAUGAAACGGCAGCUCAUAACCUUUGUUAGAAGUAUGAGUUUGUUGCAGCUGGCAUUGCUGCGGAAUGUCAAAAAUGUUACAAUGUAUAGUAAACAGACGACGUUAAUUAACAUUUUCCUUCAGAAAUAAUUUUUACGCAGAGUUUAAAGAUGUUGUCAAUAAAAAAAAAAUAUUUGUAUAAAAGCUGAAUUUAAAAAGCAAGCAUGCUCUACGAUUUGAUUACGAAUGUUAAUCACUUUUAAUCAGUGACAUACAGGGCUAUGGUCCGUACAUUGACUGUUGAAAUAUUUUCAAAUAUUUUCACGUUCAAAUUGAAUUUAUAUCCAUCUUAAAUUAGUUGUGGAACGUCUGCUUAGAAGAGUGGACAACUUAUUUGUA